AUGGACAUUUUAAAUAACAACAAUAUUAAUAUACUCGAUCUGCCAGAUGAAAUAUUACGUACUAUUCUCAAUAAACUAAAUAUGGUCGAUAUACUCUAUUCAUUAGUAGAUGUAAAUCAACGAUUUGAUCGAUUAGCGCUUGAUUCUCUUUAUAUACAUCAUCUCGACUUGGUGAUCAAACGAGAUGAUAUUCAUAAUUCUUCGGUAGAUACUCACAUUAUAGAGAGAAUUUGUUCCAAAAUCUUACCUCGAAUUAAUGAUAAAGUAACCAAAUUUACUCUCGAACCACUUUCUGUCGAACGUGUUCUUGGUACUAUCCAUUAUCCUCAACUGCAUUCGUUAUCAUUUGUUAAUUUUCAACCAAAAAUACUCUCACAACAUUUAUUAGAUAAAACCAUGAUACGUCUUCUUGAGAAUCAAAUAACACAUAUCACUGUCGAUGUCAAUAUUGACAAUGUCGAAAUGCCUAAUAGAAGUGAACAAAAUGCGUUUCUAGUCAUACUAUUAGUUAGUAAAUGUUUAAGUGAUUUAACCUAUCGUCAAACAUCCUCAGAAAAAUAUAUAACAAUUUUACCUUCAAAUAUUUCAUAUACACAUUGUUUAUCUUCAACCCUUACUAAAUUGACAAUAAAUGUUAACACUUUUGAUGAUUGUCUUUAUCUUCUUAAUGGAUGUCUUCAAUCAUUAUCUACGCUGAUUAUCCGUAUUAGUAAAAUAGACCGUUCAUCAUCAAUGAUAGAUAAUACCAAAAAACUUGUCAAAUUGAAAUGUUUUUCAUUAAUAACAGAUUGGCGCACAUGUUAUUACGACCAACCAGUUGUGCCGCUACUUCGUCGGAUGCUAAAUCUUGAAGAACUAACAUUAUUUCUCUCAGUAGUAAGACCUAUAUGCACUUAUAUAGAUGGCAAUCAAUUAUUUGAUAAAGCUCUUAAUUAUAUGCCACGACUGAACAAAUUUAUCUUCAGUAUAAACACUUGCAUUAUCAACGAUGACAUUGGAAUAGAUCGUCCAUCAAAUGAUGACAUUCGAAAUAGUUUCACUGAAAGAGGAAUUCAAUCAUUUGAUAUAUGUUUUGAUGAUAAAUUCAUGAAUAGCCAAGGCAAUUGUCAUGUUUAUUCUCUUCCAUAUCAAUUCAACGAAUUCUUAUUUAUGAGUAACUGUUUUCAAGGGGGAAGAUUUGAUACAGUUCGAUUGUUAUCAAUGCGUGACGAACGGCCAUUUGAACAUAAAUUAUUCCAAAUCAUCUCUCAAGACUUUCCUUUUCUUCGACAAUUGAUUAUACGUAAUGAUAUACCACAAAAAAAUGGACAACAUCAUUCGUGUACAUUGAUUACAUUUAAUCAUCUUUUGGCACUCGAUAUUCUCAGUGUACACAAUGACUGUGUGAUAUAG